AUGAAUUCCAAACAUCAAUACGUGGAGCUCAAUGAUGGUCAUUUCAUUCCCAGACUGGGAUUUGGCACCUAUAAACUUCAAGAGGUUCCUAAUAGUAAGACAACAGAGGCCACUGAAAUAGCCAUAGAAGCUGGGUACCACCAUAUUGAUUGUGCUUAUGUAUACCAAGUAGAAGAGGAAGUAGGACUGGCCAUUAGAAGAAAGAUUAUAGAUGGCACAGUGAAGAGAGAAGAUAUAUUCUAUACUUCAAAGUUAUGGUCCACUUUUCAUCGACCAGAACUGGUCCAAUCUUGUUUGGAAAGAUCACUGCGAAAACUUCAUUUUGACUAUGUUGACCUCUACCUUAUUCACCUCCCUAUAUCAAUGAAGCCAGGGGAAGAGUUUUAUCCCAAAGAUGAAAAUGGAAAUAUUAUAUAUGACUCAGUAGAUCUCUGUGUCGUGUGGGAGGCCAUGGAGAAGUGUAAGGAUGCAGGAUUAGCCAAGUCCAUCGGGGUGUCCAACUUUAACCGCAGGCAACUGGAGAUGAUCCUGAAUAAACCAGGCCUCAGGUAUAAGCCUGUGUGCAACCAGGUAGAAUGUCAUGUUUAUCACAACCAGAGGAAACUGCUGGACUUCUGCAAAUCAAAAGACAUUGUUCUGGUUGCUUUUGGUGCCCUUGGAACUCAACGAGAAAAACGCUGGGUUGACCCCAGCUCUCCAGUUCUCUUAGAUGAUCCAGUUCUUGGUACCUUGGCAAAAAAGCACAAGCGAUCCCCAGCCCUGAUUGCCCUCCGCUACCAACUGCAGCGAGGGGUUGUGGUUCUGGCCCAGAGUUUAAAGGAGAGUGAAAUAAAGGAGAACAUUCAGGUUUUUGAUUUCCAGUUGACUGAUGAAGAUAUGAUAGAACUAGAUGGCUUGAACAGAAAUUUUCGAUAUCUUCUCAUCAAGUCUAUGGUUAACCAUCCAAAUUAUCCUUUUGCUGAUGAAUAUUAACAUGGACACCUUUGUCAUAAUGUCUACUAGUAUCCCUCACAUGGACAA